CUGCUGAGUGCAGUGAUUAUGUAAAGUUAUUCAUUAGAAUUUUGCGUAGUCAUUUGAAGAGUGGAGUGCGCAGAUAUGCACCACCUCUCUCGUUUCUGUGAAGGAGGAUUUCUGCUGUAGGUGGUGGCAUCAAUUCACUUCGCUUUCAGCAGAUGCUGAGUUCAUUCUCCUGUGCAAAUGGAGCUGGAUAUAAUCACCGGAGGCGCAGAAAAGGCGCAUACUGAGCUUUAGAAACACUGAGAAAACACUGAACACAUCAUAUGAGCGAAUACAGUCAAUUUACAUACACAACUAUUUUAAACGUUCAACAUGUGGAUUAUAGUUCUAUGGCUAUUUUUGAUUGGUACUUCCGUCGAAGCACAGCAUGUGGACCCUGAAGUGGGAUUAACAGCUCAGGAACAAGUUCUCCUGCUGUACGACAUCAAACUGCAGUGCCUUCAGAACAUCUCCGAACACAGUCCUGCCGAUGAGGUCUGUUCUCCAGGAUGGGACGGGUUGGUUUGCUGGCCUCGAGGAUCCCCAGGAACGGUCACCAAAGUGCAGUGUCCCAGCUAUGUGUAUGACUUCAACCACAACGGAUUUGUAUACCGUCAGUGCAACUCGAAUGGGUCGUGGGUAUCGGUGGAGAACAGAACUUGGGUCAAUUAUUCAGACUGUCUGCGCUUCUUGGCUCCAGGCGUUGAAAAAGGCAAAAGGGACUUUUUUGAGCGGCUGCACAUCAUGUACACAGUUGGCUACGCGGUGUCCUUCAGCUCGCUGCUGGUCGCCAUUUUCAUCAUUGGAUACUUUCGGCGUCUCCACUGCACCAGAAACUACAUUCACAUGCACCUCUUUGUGUCUUUCAUGCUGCGUGCGGUCAGCAUCUUUGUCAAAGACAGAGUGGUGUACGCUAAUGGUGUGCUACAGGAGUACGACACCAUGCUAAUGGACAACAUCAGCACCAUCUCCAUUUCCCCUCUGGACAAGACUCAGUAUGUCGGGUGCAAGAUCACAGUCCUAUUCUUCAUUUAUUUCCUGGCAACGAACUACUACUGGAUCCUAGUGGAGGGCCUGUACCUUCACAGUCUCAUUUUCAUGGCGUUCUUCUCCGACUCCAAAUAUCUUUGGGGUUUCACCCUCAUAGGGUGGGGUGUUCCCGCUCUCUUUGUAUCAACCUGGGCUGUCGUCAGGGCAACGCUGAUGGAUGUAAGGUGUUGGGAGUUGAGCGCUGGCAAUAUUAAAUGGAUUUACCAAGUUCCGAUACUGACAGCAAUUGGGCUGAAUUUUAUUCUGUUCGUAAAUAUCGUUCGAGUUCUGGCCACGAAGAUCCGAGAAACGAAUGCGGGGCGCUACGACACGCGUAAACAGUGCAGGAAGCUGGCAAAGUCCACAUUGGUUCUGGUUCUGGUUUUCGGUGUCCACUACAUCGUGUUUGUGGGAAUGCCGCACACAUUCACUGGUGUCGGCUGGGAGCUCCGCAUGUACUGUGAACUCUUCUUCAACUCAUUCCAGGGAUUUUUUGUGUCCAUUAUCUACUGCUUCUGCAAUGGAGAGGUCCAGACAGAAAUCCGGAAGACCUGGCUCCGCUGGACACUUGCAUUUGACUGGAAAGGUCCUGUUGUUUUGGCCAACUACCGCUAUGGGACGGUCCUGAACAGCAGCGGUGCCAGCGUCCAGUUCCAGAUGACCUCUGUGACCCGUAGUUCUGCCCUCCUCCCCAGCAGAGUAUACCGCUGCGCCGCUCGGUCCAGCAUCGGCUCACUCGUACACAGCUCGCAAAUACACACCACCCUGCCUGGAUACGUCUUCAGCAACUCAGACAUCGAGAGUCUACCGCCUUCCAUUCCAGAAGAAAUCGAAGAGGAGGCCAAACACAUCGAUGACAUCACGCUCAAAGCCGUUAACCACAUUGCUGUACGACAGGAAGCCCUCAGCAUCUGUUUCGAAGAGAGCGGACAAAGCUCAUCCAACACAGAUUCUGAUGAUCUCAGAUGUCGUCCUGAUGACAUCACGACUUCCGAAAUCUCCAAGUGCACUGAUAAAAUAUCGUUGAAGGAGUCUUCAUCGGUGGGAUACAACAGUUUGGAUCAAGAGGACGAGGAAGUACUUUAAAAUGUGAAUUGCUGUUUGCAACCCGUUUUACUUCUGUAAGGCAACAAUAUUUACAAUUGAAACAGGGUGUUUGGUUUUAUUCUUUGGGGAUUGAUUGGUUAAUUACCAGAAUGGAGUUAAAUUUGAUAAAAUAGUGCCUAAAUAGCUGUUUGGCUAUUUGUUAGCGGUAUCCAAUAAUGCUAAGUGAUAAAGGUCUAAGUGAAAAUGGUGUAAAAAAAAAUUCACCUUAGAGGAAAGUAAGUAUUAAUCAAAGAAUAAAUAAAACAAUUUCUUUGGAAUGACAUGCACUGAUUCACAAUAAGACUGAAAGUGUGUCUUAAAGGAAUAUUUCCCCCAAAAAUUUUAAUUUGCUGAAAGUUUACUUACCCUCAAGAUGUAGAU